AUGUUCAGGUCAUCCCGUGUGCUAUUGAACGAGGCUAGAGCAUCUGUUUGUCGAUAUGUAACAAACCAAUCCAUGCAUACCAACAUAAAUAAUGUAAUCCAAAGACACUACAGUGUCUGCAGCUCCUCGUCCUAUAAUCCUCACAAAUAUCAAAAUACUCUUAAAUCAUUUGAUCAUCACGUACAACCAUCAUCAUCGCUCUUGAUGACCAAUUUUCAAUCAUCCUCGUAUCCAAUCAGCAGACACUACCACACGUCCCAUUGUACAACUCUCAGCAAUGAUGAUGCCAAAUCCGAAAAGAGUAGUAGCAAGAUUCAAAAGAAUGAUGAAGGCAAUCAAGGAUCAGCCUUGAAUCCACAACAACAACAACGUAAUGAACCUACCCCACCCUCUCAACAACCAUCAGAUACUUCAACUUCUCCAUCAUCAGAAUCAUCUUCGGAUCCAUCACAAAAUACUGGUAAGGCUCAACCACAAACCUCCUCCUCUUCAUCAUCAAAGCAAACACCAACUCCCAAAUAUUCAUUUAACUAUCAAGACUAUCAACAAUGGAUUGGAAAGGCUUACAGUCUAACGGAUCGUGUCAAGCAAUAUUUUGAUCGGGUGGUGUAUAAGUUAUCCUAUUAUGGUAAAUUUUAUUACCAAGGCUUACGAACCAUUGUAACGGACACUAAAAAGUAUUUGGCAUUGAAAAAGGAAAUUAACAACAACAGACCAUUUCACUUGGCGAAUAGAUCAGAAAUUCUAUUUACUACUCAAUAUUCUAUUGAAGUAUUGAAAGCAAUUCCAUUUAUUGUAUUAAUAUUUCCAUUUUCUGUAGCUUAUUAUAUUAUGGCAUUUAUAUUUCCAAUUUUAUUACCUUCACACUUAGUUUUGCCAAGAAGAAAGGUUCAAAUUUUAAAUAAUAUCAAUCGAAUUAGAAAAGAACAGAAACGAUUGAUCAUUGAAAGAUUACUACAAUUUACAAAUUUAGUGAAUAACAAAUAUAUCAAAGUAGAUGAUGAGUUAAUGGCACAAUGUAACCAGUUCACAAACAUUUUGGGAAAUAUUUCUAAAUAUCAAGAUUCAAAGGCUUCUUUCAAAACCCAUCAAGAAAGAAAAGAAUUUAUUUCCAAGCUGUUGAACGAUAUGAAAAAGUUAGACAGAACUAAAUUUGUAGAUCAAUACUUGAAAUUUCAUUUCAUGUCUACUACUCUGCUCGACGAUAUUUGUAGGUUUGCAUUGAUUGGAAGAUCACAUUUGGGAGGAAUUAGUGGAGCUGUCAAAGAAGACAAUACUUCCUCAAUUUUAGGCCUCAGAAAGUAUGAUCCAAAUAUUUUACAACAGUUACUGUUCAACUUUUUAGAUGUUCUUGCUUCACAUGAGCAAGCUCAAGCUCUCACUCCUAACGUUAUCAAGAUGUAUCAAUUGAAUAGAUUUAUCAAGCAAAUGAGAGAAGAUGAUAAAUUCAUUUUCAUGGACGAAGAGCUCUCAAACGUGUUAAACACCAAAGAAGAAACUCCAAUCAGAGAAUGGCUGAAAAUAUGCUACGUGAGAGGUCUUGUUGAUGAUCCAACAUGUUAUGGAGGUGUAAACACAGUCCUGAUCACUGCCGAUGAUUUGAAAAUGGCAGGAAAGCAUGCACCUCAAACCUCAACAACAACAGUUGCAAGUAUUUCAUCAGAAAAAGUUCAAGAAUUGGUUUCAGAACUCAGAGAGUUGCAUUCACUCUGGUACAAAUUUACUGAGGAUAUCAAAUCCAACGAAUUGCAAAUUAUCACUUGUGUCUUGUUAAAGUAA